AUGGGGAACACACUGGGCCUGGCACCGAUGGGGGCUUUGCCCCGCCGGAGCCCCCGGCGAGAGGAACCUCUGCCCAACCCUGGGAGCUUCGAUGAGCUGCACCGGCUAUGCAAAGAUGUGUUCCCAGCACAGAUGGAGGGAGUGAAGCUCGUUGUCAACAAGGUUCUGAGCAGCCAUUUCCAGGUGGCUCACACCGUGCAUAUGAGUGCUCUGGGCUUGCCAGGCUAUCACCUCCACGCGGCCUACGCGGGGGACUGGCAACUUAGCCCCACAGAGACGCAGCAGGCCAAGUUCCUGACGUGGCAGUUCGAUGGCGAGUAUCGAGGAGAUGAUUACACAGCUACUCUGACCCUGGGGAAUCCUGACCUGAUUGGGGAGUCGGUGAUCAUGGUCGCUCACUUCCUGCAGAGCCUCACCCAUCGGCUGGUGCUGGGAGGAGAGUUAGUUUAUCACCGGCGGCCAGGCGAAGAGGGGGCCAUCUUGACCCUGGCUGGGAAGUACUCGGGUAUGGGGUGA